AUGAAUGAGCAAGCGACAAUCCUCGACAAACACGGAGACGUAAAAGUCCGGCUGAAAGGCCAAGUGCCCGGCGCGACCACGUACACCGUGUGUUCCCGCGCUCUGGCGCGCGCCUCACCAGUCUUACGCGCCGAGAUGCGCCAUCACCGCGCUGCGAACGACAAAGACGCGGUCCUGCAAAUUUGCGGCAGCGACGACGAGUCCCUGGCCGUGUUUCUCAACAUUGCGCACUCGCGGUUCCUGGCCGUUCCUCGCACGCUCACCGUCACUCAGAUGCACAACCUCACGACCCUGAUGUCCGCUUACAAGUGCACGGCGAUGCUCGCGCCCUGGAUCGACUCGUGGAUGCCCGCAGCGCAGGGCACCGUGCGCAGGAGCGACAUCUUCGCCAUGUUUUGGGUGUACUGGGAUCUUGGUCUGCGAGAUGAGCUGCGGAAAAUGGCACAUCGUGUGGUAGUCGAGCUGGACACCAACGAAGUUGCCGUUCAAAGCACUCGCCUUGGGAGAAGAAGCUCAAAAACAACCGCAGUCAUGGACCGCCUGUCCCAGAUCCGCUCGCGAUCCUUGCAGGCCCUCCUCGCGACGACCAGCGACGUGCUCGAGAGGCUGCUCGUCCUGGAGGUCAGCCCGCGAUGGUCCCGCCUCGGCGCCGUGCGGGGCGGAACCGACCCGGGGCGCUGCCGGCUGGCGACGUGCGCGCGGUUACGAUCGCUGCUGCAGGCGGCGGCGCUGUGGCCGCUGCCCGAAGCCGCAGACGUGCGGGAGAGCGUGGUGGAGGUGUACUCGAAGCUGGCGGCGGCGAUAGGUCAUGAUCACAUGGGCUGCGAGGCCGGGCGGUUCUGGUGUAGAAGGAUGCAGGAGGCGCUUAACGCGGAGCUGGACCUGGUUGGGACGUUGUAUGAGGACUAUGCAGAUGUAUCGGAGGCGGUCGUUUCACAAGCUCUGCGUGGUUGA